UGAUCGACCUUUUAAUUAAAGCCUCAUCAAAAGCUUGAGCUUGAACAGUACUGGUUAAGUUAUGAUUCGUUGUGAGAAGCAGGUGAGGAUAGGCUAUGGGAAAGGGCGGAGAGGGUACGUAUCAGUGACCAGAGAGCAUUAUCUCAGAGAUGACAUAUCAUGCAAAGUGGAGAAAUGCAUCCUGUGUGAUGAAGAAGACUCCGGAUUGAGAAAGCAAGCUGCUCGUCUGAUUCCAAACUCCUCCCACUACAUCAUUCCAGACACCCCAGUGCUGUCCGACUUUAUGGAGGUAGUUGAACAUCCAUCAGUAGUGGGCGUGGUCCUCCUUCAAACUCCACUCUCUCACAUCCGUAACAAGAAAGGCCGUCGUUCACACAGCAAACUGGUGUCCCUUCUGAGCAGACCAGAGAAGCAGUGUGUGUUGUUCAGCAAUGAACAUCAUGUAGAGACAUUUUUGCCGAGACUUAGUGAAGAGACAACUAGACAGUGGCACACCAGGCUGAUAUUGAGAGCUGGUGUGUGGUACUCAAACCAUAUUCAGGCUGCUGGCAGAUUCACUCCUAUCGUCAUAGUAACCUCUGAGACAGAAUAUGAGAUGUUCCCGAAGCCUGAUCCCAGUGAGAAUGUGAGAGUGGUUGCCGUGGGAGACUACCUCCGUGCACACCUUCCAGCACAGGCUGAGUUGCACCUGCUGUGUGAGUCGUUGCUUAAGAGUGCUGAGCUCAGCACAAAUAGCAGGGUGAAGACAGAGUUUAGCAACUACCUGUCUGAUGAGAUCAUUAAAGAAGGUUUGAGCAAGGGUCACAUUAUGCGUGGUAGUUUGCAUGUGAGCAGACACCACUCCAGAGACGAGGCCUACGUCCGACUGAAGUCAGAGAGCAAAGAUCAAAGUUCAGAUACUGUGAAAGGCGAAGUUCUUAUUUAUGGGAAUAUCAGCAGGAAUCGUGGUCUUCAUGGUGAUGUUGUAGCAGUACAGCUACUGCCUAGAGCACAGUGGAGAUCCCGUUCUGGAAAACUUGCUGACUCAACAGGGUCUAGCAGUGAUGUCAUGGCAACUGGUGUUGUAGUGGGCGUGAUAUUGAGAAAAGAAAAAGAAUAUGUGGCUUCCUUUGAGGAGACGUCAGAACCCUCGGUUGGGAGCUCAAAGUCAACGAAGGUGCUGGUCUACCCAUAUGAUAUGAGGGUACCAAAGAUCAGGAUCGGCACCAGACAAGCUGCGGACCUCAGGGGACAUCGAAUAGUGGUUCGGAUAGACUCAUGGGAGGUGGACUCACAGUACCCCAAUGGACACUUUGUACGCAGCAUUGGACCAAUCGGGAGCUUGGAAACAGAGACAGCCGUGAUCCUUAUUGAGCAUGACUUGAGUAACAAUUCAUUCAGCAAGGCUCUGCUUAAUGAGUUGCCUAGUAAUAGUGCCGAGAGCCGGUGGUGUGUGGAGGAGGGGAGCAGUCGCCGUGACCUCAGGGCCUCCCACCUGGUGUUCAGUAUUGACCCCCAGGGAUGUGAGGACGUGGACGAUACACUGUCUGUAAGGAGACUAGAGAACGGCUGCACAGAGCUUGGAGUACACAUUGCAGAUGUAUCCCACUUUGUGAGACCAGGCAGUCUCACGGACGAAGAAGCCGCUAGUCGCUCGACAACCAUCUAUCUUGCUGAUAGACGCUACGACAUGCUCCCAGGGAUACUGAGUGCCGACCUCUGCUCACUCCUGAGCAAUGUAGACAGGUAUGCUGUGAGUGUGGUAUGGGUAUUGGACAGCAGGUAUCGAGUACAGAAAGUAUGGUAUGGGAGGACCAUCAUCAGGUCAAAGUACAAGCUGGCGUACGAGACGGCUCAGGCAUUAUAUGAUGGAGUGUCUGCUCAGUGUGUUUUGAAGGACAUUUCUGAGCUGCACGAUCCUCCGCUCUUGGCCAGUGAGCUGGAGAAAAGGGUUGAGGAGCUUCGCAGUGCUAUUGGCAGUCUUGUGACCAUAUCACGCGUGCUAAGGCACAGGAGGGCAAUGGAAGGUGCUUUGGAGCUGGAAUCAGUGGAGGUCAAAGUCCAAAUCAGCGAGAGCGACAGUACUAACAUUGAAGAUCUCAUCCCCAAACAGCCUCUUGAGAUGCACGAGGUGAUAGCCGAGUGCAUGAUAUUUGCAAACCACUGGGUGGCCAAGAAGAUCCACGGGGCAUACCCCACGCAGGCCCUGCUUCGACACCACCCCCCACCAUCCCUCGACAGGCUAGCAUCAUUGACGGAGAUUGCUCGUGUGAAAGGAUUCACCAUUUCAGCAGACAGCAACAAAGCUUUAGCUGAGUCGCUAAACAAUUGUGUAGAUCCACAAGACCCAUCUGUCAACACGAUUAUCCGGAACCUAGCAACCCAGGCUAUGAACCAAGCCGCGUAUUUCAGCACUGGUAGUCUUCCAAACAAGGACUACAUCCAUUACGGUCUGGCACUGGACCUCUAUACUCACUUCACCUCGCCCAUUAGGAGAUACGCCGACCUCAUUGUACACAGACAGCUGUUGUCAGCUCUGGAGAAUCCCUCAGAGGAUACCGCCUUAUUACCGGGCAACAACAGACUCACUGAGAUGGCUCAGCACAUGAACGACAGACAUAGAUCUGCUCAGCUGGCGCAGCUGUCCUCCACAGAGCUGUUCCAAUGUCUCUACUUCUCCUCCCUCAAGCCUGGUGAGGCACGGGACAGGGUCGAGGGAGUAAUAGUCGGCCUCCGCCCCAAUGGCAUCACCGUCAUGGUGCCAAGGUAUGGCAUUCGCUCUAUGGUUUAUCUGAAAGACAAGAACGGACUGAUUCUCCAACCGACAAGGUCACCGUCUGAAGAAGGAGUUACUUUCAAUACAGGGAGCAUUGAGGUGACCUCCCACAGUGUGAUAGUCACCCACUCGGGCAGAGCGUACACUUUGAGACUGUUUGACCGCCUCCUCUUGAGAGUGUGUGUGGAAACCUCACAUGCACAUGGCCACAGUUUAGGCUUGAAGCUCCUUCAGUGUCAGCCAUUGGAGCCAGAGAGUGGUUUCAGUGGUGGUGGUAAAGAUGCAACAACUAAAGCCCUUGUAAAGGCUGUACAAAUUGAGACUGAGAGUGAAGACGAAAUAAGAUACAGUCAAGACUUGGAGAAAAUAACUGAAUACAGGCAAUCAUCUAGCACUAGCAGCCUUUACUGUCUAAUACAUAACUUACAGAGACUCUCACUAACAGAAAUUACAGACUCAGUAUGAAUAAUUCCUCACACACAGUUUCAGUUUUUAUGCCUCAGUUAUAUUGUUUCUUAAGCCAGGCAUUUUCUGGCCACAUC